AAUCUCAAUAAUAUUACUUCCUCCUAAAAUCCACAAACUAUAAUAAGCGAAAGAUUGGGAUCCUCAAGAACUGAGGAGGUACUCCGUAAAAUACAUUGUGAUAUGUUUACAGAAUGUCGUAUAUGAUCGAAAAUGUUUAUAUUAUAAAUCACUACGCAAACGAUCAUCUCUACCGAAGAAGAAAAGUUAUUCAUAAUAAAAUGCACACGAACAAACCUACUUACCAAAGCAAACCUUUAUUUUAGUCAUCCCACACGUGCCGAGCAAAGAAUUCACACGUACCGCCAAGCAAAACCCUGGACGUGUCCUCCAAAACUGCAGUUUUUUUGCAACACUAUUUAUUGGCUUCAUGCCGACCGGUCAUUUGAUUCAGUUUCCAACUUCUACUUGUCCAUCCACUUAUCCAUCCAUCCCCAAAAAGACUCAAAUUAAAAGACCCCUAAAAUUCCCAAACCAUAAAAAUAAAUGUUGGAAGCAAAAAUUGUGGAUGAAUGAUUCGAUGUGAGCCAGAGCCACCAGACCCACCCGCCACCGCGUGAAGGGCCGUCUCCCGUCGUUUUCUCCUUCCCCUAGAACGACGAGACACGUCACUUCUACCGUCUGAUCCGUCCCCAGCCCGGCAAAAAAUAAUGCCGGGUAUCCAGACCCUCACGUUCUGGCUCUCGGAGCACCCCACCAUCGUCGGGUUCCGGUGGUCCCACACCCACUCCUGGGGCUCCACGUGGUCCUUCCUCUUCACCGCCAUCGCCGUCUACAUAACCCUCUCCCUCCUCCUCCACCUCUUCCUCCUCGCUGUAAACCGGUCGGGUCGACCCGUACCUCUCGGACCUAUUCCCGCCGUCCACAGCCUAGCGAUGGCCCUAAUAUCGUUCACAAUAUUCGCCGGAGUCACCCUAUCCUCCGCCGCAGAAAUCCGCGAGACACGGUGGUUCUGGCCGCGGUCCAAAACCCCAUUCCAGUGGCUCCUCUGCUUCCCGCUGGGGACCCGGCCGUCGGGUCGGGUCUUCUUCUGGUCCUACGUGUACUACCUCUCCAGAUUUCCCCACAUGCUCCGCACAUUCUUCACCAUUCUCCGCCGCCGCAAGCUCGUCCCCUUCCAGCUCUUCAACCACUCGAUCCUCACCGUCAUCUCGUUCCUCUGGCUCGAGUUUUCGCAGUCGAUUCAGGUCAUGGCGAUCCUCUGCACGACGCUCGUCUACUCCGUGGUUUACGGGUACCGGUUCUGGACCGCCGUGGGGCUGCCGGGCGCGUGUUUUCCGGUGGUGGUGAACUGCCAGAUUGCGCUGCUGGUCUGCAACGUGGCCUGCCACGUCGGCGUCCUGAUGGUGCAUUUCAUGAAAGGCGGGUGCAACGGGAUUGGCGCAUGGGUUUUCAAUUCCGUCCUCAACGGUGUGAUUCUGUUGGCAUUUUUGAAUUUUUACGUCAGAAUUCAUCUGGGGUUUUUUAAUAAGAAGGGAAAGGGAAGGGGUGUUAGCAGCGGAGCUGGCGGCGCCGACGCGGCGGCCAAGUCUGUUGGACUGAAGGACAAGGAGCUUUGAUGGUGUAGGAUGUAAUUUUAGGGGCGGAAAUUUAAGUUUUUGGGGGAGUGUACUUUUUUUUUGAAUUUGUACAAUGUCUACAAAUUAAUACAAUUACGAUCACGAAAAUUCUAUUA